UGUGGCCCGUUUGUCCAAAAAAAAAAGAAGACCAAAAAGAAAUUGCUCCCCCUCCCAAAGAAUAGGAACGUUUAGGGUUUUUGCGUUUUUCUCUGGCUCACUGGAAACUCGUCGGCACCUAUUCAUCGUCCUCCAGUGAAGAAGAGAUUGCUCUUUUUUCCUAUCAACAAGGAUGGCUGGUGAAGAAGGUCCUGUUGUGGCAGCUGAGCCAGCAGCUCCUGCCAUCGGCGAGCCAAUGGAUAUCAUGACUGCCUUACAGCUAACACUUAGGAAGUCACUUGCUUAUGGUGGUCUUGCACGAGGCCUUCAUGAGGGUGCCAAGGUGAUCGAGAAGCGCACUGCUCAGCUCGUUGUUCUUGCUGAGGAUUGUGACCAACCUGACUAUGUUAAACUCGUCAAGGCGCUUUGUGCUGAGCACAAUGUUAGUUUGUUGACAGUUCCAAGUGCAAAGACCCUUGGAGAAUGGGCUGGGUUGUGCAAGAUUGAUUCGGAAGGAAAAGCUAGGAAGGUAACUGGUUGCUCCUGCGUAGUUGUGAAGGAUUUUGGAGAAGAACAUGAAGCCUAUAAUGUUGUCCUUCAGCACGUUAAAGCUCAAUGAGUAGCAAGUUACAUAGUUUGUGUUGGGCUUCAGUUUGGGAUUUUUUCAUUAGGGUGAAUUUUGCGUUGUAUUAGGGAUUUGAAGUGUGGAAAAUGCACGUGCCCAUUUAAUUCUGGUUUAUCGACUAAUUCCAUAAGUUAUUUUUAGAGUUAA